AUGCCCCGUGUCGUAAUAUCAGGCGCCAUUGCAAGCUUGUUUACCGGGAUGUUCGGUGCCACGGUAGGGGCGUUGAUCUGGGACACCGCUACGAUCCCAUUCGUCUUCGCUGCUUGCUCAGGCUUUGCCAUGGGUGAUAUUGGCUUCUACCGCGAUGCUGUUCGAAAGAGCCUGACUGCACUAGACCGAUACCCUCGGCUGCUGCAACUACAUCUCGAUGCUAAUUUUCCUCACCGAGGAUUUCAUACUUGGAGGUCGGAGAGAUUCCGGAGUCAGGUGUUCGCACAAAGCUGGGUGCUCAGAAGUAUGCUUGUUGCCAGUUGGUUGACUGCGACUCCGGCAUUAGAU